CACUGCAACGGUAAACUGGACUACAAUCCCAAGUGUCCGCCAGUGUGUGCCGUGAUGCACGCAGGGAGUUGUAGUCUUUUCUGGGUGAAAUGCCAACUGGUAUGAGCGGACAGUUGGAGACUCGGAAACUACAAUCCCAAGGGGCUUCGAGGAUCGAGGGCCUGGUGUUUUGGAAGUCGGGGUUGAGAACCGAGUGGUGAAUGACGAGGCCCGAGUUUUGUUCGAAGUCGGUUUUGAAAGGGAAGGCCAAAAUCUGCUGCCUCGGAUUAGGUUACCUUUAAUGUGAGGAAGGAUGGCAGCUAAAGAAAUCCUGCAGUUAGACCUCUACUCGUUGCUGGGGGUUAGUGAGGAUGCAACUGGUAAAGAGAUUAAGAAAGCAUACAGACAGAAGGCUUUGAAAUGUCACCCAGACAAGAACCCAGACAAUCCCAAGGCAGUGGAAUUGUUCCAUCAGUUAUCCCAGGCGCUGGAAGUUCUGACAGAUGCAGCUGCAAAGGCAGCCUAUGAUAAAAUCAGAAAAGCGAAAAAGCAGGCAGCAGAGAGGAACCAGAAACUCGACAGCAAGAGAAAGAAAGUAAAGCUUGACUUAGAGGCCCGUGAAAGAGAAGCCCAGCUCAAUGAAGAAGAGGAAAUUAAGAUUGCAAAGAAUUUAGAUGAAGUGAUUGCCAGGCUAAGGGAAGAGGGCUCUAGACAUUUAGAGGAACAGCAGAGGCUCGUCAAAGAACAAAUACUGCUGGAGAGAGAGCAGAGGCUGCAAGGAUCUGAUGUCCGAACUGAUUCCAUAAACAACUCAACCCCUAAACUGAAACUGAAAUGGAAGUGUAAGAAAGAUGACGAAUCAAAUGGUGGCUACUCUCAUGAAUACCUCCUCUCCAUUUUGAAGAAGUACGGUGAGGUUUUGAACUUGCUCAUAUCUAGUAAAAAGAAAGGCUCCGCUAUUGUGGAAUUCUCCUCAACCAAGACUGCUGAGCUUGCUUUUAAAAAUGAGACUGGGUUAACAAGUAACCCACUGAAGAUCUCCUGGUUGGAAGGAUCACCCCCUCCAAAUACAAGCAACCCUACAUCAUCAUCUUUGGAGACAAGUUCAUCUAAUCUGUUCCAGAAUACAGCACGCACAGAGCGAGAUUAUGAAAGUCUUGUGAUGAUGCGGAUGCGACAGGCAGCAGAACGACAGCGGCUCAUCAAACAACUUCAAGAGGAUGAUUCUUAAACUUGGCAUUGGCAAAUGCUUCAGAUUCCCUUCUGUUUCCCUUGAACUGGAAUAAACUGCUCUUUAUUUUUAUUAAUCGGCA